AUUAGAUCAUUCAGGUUAUGUUUACACGCGUGUUUUUACUCCACACGAUUGAAUACAUAAUGUCAACUGAUAAUACCGUUGUUGCGAGUGUUAUUUCCAGCGGUAAUAACAAAAGUCGCAGUAAUUUCAAAUCAGGCUUGAGAGGUGGUCGCCAAAGCUAUUCUAAUAGAGGAGGCAUAAAACGCAGAUUUGAGCGACUUCCACGAGAAAAUUGGAAAAAAAACAAAUUGGACGUCGGCAAUAGACUCAAGGAAUCUGACAUAGACAUUACAGAAUACGUCGGCAAGCAUACUGGUUUCUCUGCAAUAAUCAAAGAAAGAUACACAGACUUCCAUGUCAAUGAGCUUGAUCUCAAUGGACAAGUAGCCAAGCUGACUCAUCAAGACAUUCCACAUGAACCAGAGGAUGAUCAGGACAUUGAAGAUCUGAAGAAAUUGAUACCAUCAGCAAUAUGGGAUCAAUUGCAUACUUUGAAGGAAGAUGAUCCUUCGUCCUCCUCAGGCAUAGAGAUUGAUGUAACGAGCCUAGAUAAAUCUGAACGCAAGGCUAUUCAUACAAUUGCAAAGAGACUAGUGAAUGCAAUUAGCCAAACAGUAAAUAAAGAAGACAAAAAAUUUAUCACUGUUGUGCCAAAUAGCCAAGACAAUAAGAUUGCUAACAAAAUGCGCAAAGAUAACAGGAUAGAUUGGAAAAAACGCGGUGGCGAUUACUGUCACUUCCUAUUGCACAAAGUGAAUAUGGAUACAAUGGAUGCUUUAAAUCAGCUGGCUGCAAGCCUACGAAUACGGCCAGACAUUUUCAAUUAUGCCGGUACAAAAGAUCGUCGAGCAUGGACGACCCAGUGGGUGAGUUUGAAGAAGAUAGAUCCCCGUGACAUACUGAGAAUGGGAAAAACUAUACACGGCGUGUAUGUAGGAAAUUUUAAGUAUGCCAAAGAUUGCCUAAAACUAGGCAUGCUGCAUGGCAAUCAAUUUAGAAUAGCGCUGAGGAACGUACAAGGGUCAGACGAGGAGAUUGAGCAAGCAAUGACGUCAUUGCGCGAUAAUGGCUUCAUUAAUUAUUACGGUUUGCAAAGAUUUGGUUCAAUAGCUGCUAUACCCACGCAUGAUAUCGGAAAGCGUCUACUUCAAGGUAAAUGGCACGAAGCGAUAGAACUGAUUUUGAAACCGCGGGAAAGAGAGCAAGAUAAAGAAUUGGCAGAGGCUAGACAGAUUUACGCGGAAACUAAAGAUGCCCAUGCCGCUUAUGCCAGGAUCAAGAGAGUUGAUAAAAUCGAAGCCAGGCUCCUGAAAGGCUUGCAAAUAUCAGGCAACAAUAAUCUUGUAGGCGCGCUCGAUUUCGUACCCAGAAACAUUCGAUUAAUGUAUAUACACGCCUACCAGAGCUUCGUCUGGAACCACAUCGUGUCAAGAAGAAUAAAACAAUUCGGCACGAAUGUAAUUGUGGGUGAUUUGGUUUAUGACAAGCAAAAUUGCAAAGAGGAUAUAACUAACGAGACGACAGAUCGCUCUCUGGAUGACACUGACAAUGUUAAAGACGAAAGUGAUGUUACUUCUACUGAAAAAAAGGAUAUCGAUUCAAUUGUGGACAAAGAAACUGAAGAAAAACCAGAAACUACCAAAGCGACUGACGAUUUAACGGAAGAAGGCGUAAACGACCUUCCCGUGGUAAAAAUUCUCACAAAAGAGGAUUUGUCAAACUACACUCUAGCCGACGUUAUUAUACCUCAGCCUGGCUGGAAAGUUACAUAUCCACCAUACGCUAAGCCUUGGUUCGACGAAUUUUUAGACAAAGAUGGACUAACUACCGAUCUCAGACAGAAAAAUAAGAAGUACAGUUUGGGUGGUUCCUAUAGAAAAAUAUUAGGAAUUCCAACAGACUUAUCAUGGAAAAUUAUGCGCUACAAUGAGAAGCAUGACGAUCUUAUUCUUUCGGAUAUCGAUGAAAUGAGAAAGCAUGCGCCUGCACAGGAUAAACCAGAUGGACAGUACAAGGCAUUGAUUGUGGAAAUGUGUUUGAAAUCUAGCAAUUAUGCUACUAUGGCACUUCGUGAAAUUUUGAAGAAUGAUACUUCAGCAGAGACGCAAGCUGCAUUAUCUGCUUCUCAUUGUACAGAAGAUACACAAUCUGACGUUACCGCAGAAAAAAUAACAAAUGAAUCUCUCUCUGGUAGCCCAGACUUGACAGAAUCUGAGGACAAUACAGGAAAAAGUCAUAAUAUAAAACUUGAUGAAGACUCUACUGAUGCAUGAAAUGAUGAAAUCAGAUAAAACAAGAGAUGCUGUCAAGCUGUAACAUUAAGUUGUAUGUGAAAUAUCAUUUAUUAUACACAAUAAAUCAUAAUUAUAUAUA